GAUAAUGGGCAUCACUGAAGAUGAAUAUGAUAAUAUCUUAGAAGGCUUUCGGGAGGAGUUUAAAGUUUACAAGAACGAUGUUAUUUACCGUCGAGUUUUUGCAAGGAAAAAGAUGAAUGAGGAUGAUUU